AUGGCACAGCGUAACGCGGACAACGACAACAACAACAACAGCACCAACGACGACGGCGACGACGACGAUGAUCCCUUCGCGGUUUUUAACGCGCCAGCAUCGUCUGUGCAGGCAAUUGCGCCACUCUCAACACCCGCACCGUUGGCGUCUGGCGGCAACAGCGGCGGUGAGCGCGACGUAGUGGCGGCGGCGACGGUAUCGCGUCCUCUCUGGGGCGGCAGCACCACCACCACCACCAGCAGUGUUUCCAUCGCGGAAGCGCUGAGUAAAGCCGCUCCGGCCACGUCCGCGUCUAUUAUGAGUGUGGUGUGCGCCUCGUCGCAAGCUGAUGCCAACGACGAUGAAAGUGGCGGUGGCGGAGGACAACACCAGCAGAAGCGGGCCAGGGCGGCAGUUAUGCAAGAGGCCAACAGCGGCAUCAACGUCAGCCGCCCCACAAAAAGUUGUGAGCAGCUGCCUGUUGUUCUAGCGCAACAUCCCUUCUGCACUUUCGUAGAAGCCCGCCGCAGACUUGCUGCUGGUGGUUCGGCGCCAUCGGUGACAGUCGUCGGCGUAGUGAUCCGAAAGACUGAUCCGAAGCAGAAGAAUGGGAAACACAUGUACGGUGUUAUCUCACUGUGGAAUAUGCGGGGUCCUUUCCCGACGUCGUCGGACGAGUUGCCCGUUCUGUUUGGCGGGUCAGCAUUCGACGUGCACUACACGAAACUCGCCAACGCCGUGGUGCUGGCGCUCUCGGGAGUGCAGCGGAUGGAGAGCCGCAGCGGGCCCUCUGUCACUUCAUCCUCCACUGCGGCCACGGAAAGCGUCAGCAAAGGCAACAAUAACAACAACAACAACAGCAGCAGCAGCGGCAGCUCGGAGAUGCUAAAGGUGGUUUCAAGUGAUCAGGUGCGCGUGCUGGGUUUUGCGGCGGACCUCGGCACUUGCCAGGGAGUACAGCAAAGGUCGGGGGAGCGCUGCAACGGCGUGGUCAACAUCGCGGUAUCAAAGUACUGUUCGCACCACGUGAUGAAUUUGCGUCGAGAGGCACGUGGGGGCGGCUCUAUGACCGCUACCAAGAGUGAAGCAUCAUUUGGUGCCGCUCGCCCCAACGCCGGUGCUGUGGUGGCUGGUGUGAGUCGCAUGAACCUUGCAGCACUCACGUCUGCUUCUGCGACGUCGAAGAGCACCCGACAGAUGUUGUCGCGGCAGCAGGCGGGGUUCCUGACGGUGAAGGGAUCAUGUGGACUGCCCACGUCGUCUCCAGCCGACCGCGACGUGAGAUCUGCCGGUGGUGCCUACGCGGGUGUUGUGAUGGGCGGCGCACUUCCUAUCACUGGUAUGUGUCGCAAUGUGGCGAGUGUGCUGCGCUCGCCCCAAGCACUUGGUGUGACGGGGCGGGGCCGGGCGGUGCUUGCUGCAGCUGUUGAUCAGGAGGAUGCAAAGGAAACCCAACGACUGCUGCAACUUGCGUUGGGGGUGGGUGAGGCUGGAGUAAAGCGACUUCGCGAGGAAACAACAAUGAGGACAGCGGCAGCUGUGCCAAAGAAUCAGACGGCAAUGCAGGAGUCUGAGGAGGUGCGUGCGCAGUACGCCCCCCUCGCCGGUGGCCACGCAUCCACGGCGUUUGUGCCAAUGCGAAGCAGUGGCUUUGACGAGGUUUUACUCCGCCAGCAGGACUACCAGCAGCGCGUCGUCACGACGCGGGCCGACGGCACAACGAGUAGCAUUGUGUCCACUGUUGAGCGCCGCCUUCGGAGUGAGGGCGUUUUGGCAAAGAGUGCAGCUGCGUUGGCGGAAAGGCAGCAACAAGAGCAGCAGGCGCAACACGAGAGUCCAACCCAGCAACACAGAGGUGCACCGAAGCCCGCGUCGCUGCUUGGCAUGGUGGCGGGGGCGAUGCAAAGCAAGAAUGACGACCUCCGCGGCAUUGACGCACGCCGACAGUUUGAGCAGCGCAUGGAUCGCCGCAUCGCGCAGGAAAAGGCUCUCGACGCCCUGUCAGAGGUGUCGGAGCAGACGGUGAAGGGGCUGUACUGCCGCCAGUGUGAGCGUUGGUAUCUGCGCCGCAACGAGCGCUGCAGGAUGCUGCAGCACACUAUGGAGGCAAGAGAGACGACAAGACGCUUUAUUGAGUGUGAGCACUGUGGGUACAAGACGAGUGUUCUUGGAGAUGUGCGUCCGUCAAAGAUUAUCCCGCGCUGUCCGCGCUGCUGCGCCGAUGUUGUGUGGCGUGCGAGCAACGCGGCGCCUGAGUUGGCGGCCCCGCGAGAUCUGCCUCCGCCGCUCUGA